GAUCGAUUAGAUCAUCGGAGGUUGACUUUUCUCUUUGGCCUUCUAAGUAUAUUUAACUAACUUUGCAUGAUCAGUCUUGCAUGUGAUUUGAGUUGACACCAAUGCAUCGGUAAAAAUACAUAGUAAAACAGGGAACAAAUUAAAUUAGAGUCACAUAAAUUAAGUCCCUAGCUAGCCUCUUGGUCAUAUAUAAUCUUGCUAGCUAGGAUUAGAUUCCUCUCAAAAUAAAAAAGUUAUUUUUCCAUAUGAUAAGUUUGGAUUGAUAGAGUUAUUUUAGUGAGUCAAAGUUAAACAAGUGGUAGUAUGGUCAAGAUUUAAGACGGUCGUCGAUGUAUGAUUUUCGGUUGUAAGGUCAUUGUAUGUGUUUGUAGUUCCUUUGUACAAAAAAUAACUUCGUUGCGUCUUGAUCAUAUUUGAUUACAAGCGAGUCAUGAGUCAAUCGGACUAGGAGUUGGCCCCCUUUUACGACCAACUGAUAUAUACAUGUAUCUCAAUUCGACAACAAGCAAUCCAAACUCAAAUCAUAGGAAAUGGAAAUCAUCUAUGUUUUUUUUUACCGUGGUGUCAGUUUGAUAAGCUCGGUCUAGAUGGAUGAAUGGAUGGUUACCCAUAACUUACUAGGGUUGAUUAAUAAAUAAUAUAUAUAUAUAUGAUGGCUACUUCGGUGCACUCACUUUUUUUGGGUGCACUGAGCGUCCAUAAUACAUCAAAUUUUGAACUUUAAUUAGUACUCUCAAUAUAAUAUGAUGAUAUGACAUAGAAUCAUAACAAAUCAAUCCAUUGCCCUAACCCCUUAACAUUCAAUUUUGAAUCCCAACCCAAAAUCUCAAAUUGUAAACCUAAACCCUAACCCUAAAUCCCUAAAUCCUUCGAAUUAAAGUAAAUUUUGAAUGAUUUUUUUUUCAAAUUCAUGUGCUUCUUGUUCAUAAUAUCAUAAGCAACAAUUGAUAUCGUUUUGACAUGAAUUGCAUGGUCAGAAUGACAAUUAUGAGGCGGGUGCACUGAGUGCACCCGAAAAAGUGGGUGCACCGAAUACGGAACCAUAUAUAUUUUUUUUUUCUUAGAAAAUAUAUUUUAUUACCUUCAUUAAUAAUAGCUAAAAAUAUCAUUCGUAUAUUAUUAUUUCAAUUUCCUGAAUGGUCCGAGGAUUUUACGGAUUGGAAGAAAGAAAUGCAUGUUAAAUGCACUUAUAAUGGAGUUCCAUUAUCCGAAAGGGAAUUCCCAAAAAACUGGCUAACAGAGGGUAUUCAAAUAAAGAUACUAUUUCCAUUUCGUCUGAAGCCUUGGCACAGAUCAAAGGUCAAAUUUUCUCAUAAAAAUCCAAUAAAAAAAAAGGCGAAAGAAGGUUGAGUUAAUUUGUUCAUACAUCAUCACAAACUCAUUAUGCAUAUCCAGCCACAGAAACCUAAUUUACACACCCGUCAACAACAACCAGUAAAUCUUCGUCUAUCUGUCAAAUACUUUCAAGUAUAUGCCAGCAGAGAACUAAGUAAGCGAUGACUAAUUAAUUGGCGCGAACAGCAGAUGAUUGGGUUUCAUUUAGUUAUAUGUUUAUAAGUUUGCAUGCCUCUUUUAGUCUUUAUCACGCGACAAUCAACAUGACCAUGCACAACAUCAUCUAGAGUAACCAUGUAGCUAGACGUGACAUGUAACAUCGAGGGCUAUAGUAUAGUAUAGUAAUUGCUAUACAAAGCAUAAGAAUUAAUAGCCAUCCUUAAUUAUAUUCAUCGUUUACAUUAUUGGCACUACUCUACGUGUCCUAAUUAAUUAUUAUAUGCCAUGUCCACGGUUGAGAUCGAAGUAGCUAGCCAUCGACGAUCGACGAACACACACAUGCAACUUGGAAGAGCAGAGCAUGUGAGUUUGAUCGGACGUCGUCCAUGCUUUGCAUUAAACUACAAGCCAAAAAUUUUCCGGCGAAUAUAUCAUCAAUAUAUAACUGAGCAGAGGUCGGCUAAGCACAAGAACGAGUCUUCGCCGGAAACAUGCAAGUAAGUGCAAUUAAUCCCCUCUUUAUCUAUCUAUAGCUCUUUUUUUUCUCUUUUGCAAAUUAGUCGAUUCAAUCCUCAGUCACCCUUUAAUUUACUUUUGUUUCAUUGUUGGGUGCAUGUUUUUACUUCCUCUUUUUGCCCAUGAACUCAUCAACAGCUCUCGUGGUUACUUUUUAAUGUACAAACUAAUACAGCCAAUGGAGUUAACUAAAAGUGAAAAUGUAUGAGAAAGAUGGAAUGGAACUUUCCAUUGACUGAUUUUUCCUUGUAACUACUUAUUGGGUAUUAGAAGUUAAUUCUCAUUAUGGAAUAUAAUUCCCUAAUAGCUAUCUCCAUUGCCAUUUAUAAAGCAAGGAGAACUAGAAUUACACCCCCACCACUUUUUUUUAUUAUUAUCUCGUAUAUAGUAUUUUCACUGUUAUAUCGGACUAAUUUGAAUAUAUGUAGAUAUGUAUAUGUGCUUGAUUUAGGGCACUCUGCUUGAGCCACGAAAGAACAUGUCAAGUGAUCGACGGGAUUUAAACGACCUAUAAGACUGGUUGGUUUAAAAUCUCUUUGGAUUUACAUAGUUUCAUCAACCAGAAUUCAACCCCUCACUCGUGUCCCUCGUUAAAGCUUUUUUUUUUAUAAAAUUUUACUGGGCUAUCAUACGAUCAAUUUUACCGAUUCAUAUCAAUAUCUUUCUAUUGCGUUGCUUCUUGAUCAAGGCACAAACAUGGAGCAUGUAGCUUGUGUAGAUUGAUACAUAAUAUUAAUGUAGCUAGUUUUUAAUUUGUCUUAUUAGAUGCAGUAGCUUGAAUUUCUUGGAAAAGUAAACCACCACGGAGCUUGAGACCUAACACCCAAGCGUUCAAACUCUAAAAUUUGAACACAAUUCGGAUCAAAUUAUUAGGAAAGAAGAAUUUCUAAUUGAUAUGGUACGUGGCUUUGGUGGGUACAGAAUUUGAUGUUACCUUAAACCAUGGACUUAAGCGACUAAUCUUGUGCGAGAAUCAGUGAUUAGUGGCAGUAUUAAGUGUGGAGCUGGUUAAUUUAAUAACAUCUCUCUUAAGCAUGGCCCAUUAAUUGUGUCUCUUUCUACCAAAAAAAAAAUUAAUUGUGUCUCUAAUAAAGGUCAAUGUGAUCCAUGUUUUAGGUAUAAAAUGUCAAUAACUUGAGGAGUUCAGAGUUGAGUCCUAAUUAGCCGACUUGAUAUCAGUUUUGAUAAAAAAGUAACCUUUAUUUUAAUCUGGCAGCAAAAAAAGGUAACCAGUGGUGAUAGUAUUAUAUAGGUAAGAAAGGUUAAUUUAAUAUUUAAACUUUGUAAAACUGAUCAUUGGGAUAGAUGAACUAUAAGUGGCUAUAUCUUUUAACAUAUGAAUUCUUAUUUUAAGUCAUCCCCAUAUACGAACUAAGCCGUAUUUAUUUGAUCCGUCGAUAACCCUUGAGUUAGAAUUUUCCGUGUCAUAUGCCAUAUGAUAUUUAUGGCAAAUGAAUAUUUUGAAAUAGCUCGUUUUGUCACUAAUUGGACAACUCAGUUGAAGUUACGACAAGCAUGACACCGACAAAGAAGAUGAAAAGAGUAGAUGAAAUUUCUCUAAAAGAGCUCCUGCCAAAUAAUGAGUGGUUUCUGUCGACAUAACAAUUGGAUAGCCAGAUGAGAAUAAAAACAAACGGAAAAAAAAACAACAAUCGAAAAAUUAUAGUUCAUCACGGAGAAGAGCAAGUAACUCAGCAAUUGAAGGAUUUUAAGUAUCAUCAUGCAAUUACCAAAAGCAAAUGAAAUUGAAUCCAACUAAAGUAUGGAACCAUAAGAAGAAUACUGAAGUAUCAUGCAUGAAUAUUCUCGUCAAUACUUUCCAUACAUGAUAUCUUUUGAAAAUGACGAUGAAGUGAAGAAAUCCAUGAUUUCUAAUUUUCCAAUUACAACAUGAUAUCUAACGUGAUAUUUAAUAUAUAAAAUUUCCUUUACCAAUAUAAUCAAGAAUAAAAUAUAUGUACCAAAAUUUC